UAUUAAGUACCUACCUACAAAAAUUAAGUAUUUACAUUCUAUUAUUUAAUAUGAAUAUGAAAUUUUAAUUGAAUUGUUUAAUGUAUAUGAUCCAUCGAAAUAAUUAAUCACUACAAAUUUUAAAUACUUUUAGUGGAAAACAAUGAAAUUAAAUAUUUUGUUUUACCUCUAAUAUAAAUGCCUAAGUUUUUUACUUGUAAUUAUUCUGUCCCCUGGAGAUCAUCAACAUUUGAAAAAAAUAUAUUUAACGAUUAUUUUGGUUUAUUUAUAAAAAAAACUUAGACCUUUGAACAACUUUAACCUUUUUAACAUGUUGUCAAGAAAAAAUAAAGAUACUAGAACUAUUAAAGAAGGAGUGGUUGGAAAAUAUGUAAAAAAAGACAAGCCACCUGAAAUACCAAUUAUAAAUGUAUGGACUACAGAACCUUUCAGAAAAAAUAACCACAGCCGGACUAAUGUUUCAGAAUCCCUAAAUGUAAAUAAUACAAACCAACCAAGUGGUUCAGUUCAAAAAUUUGGUAAUAUGAAAAAUACACCAUCUCCAUCAAUGUUAAUUGGUCAUGAAGGGAAAUAUACUCCUAGUAGUUCUGUUCCUGAUUUAGCUCAAAAAUUUGCCAAUGCUAAUUUAUGGAGUAGUUCGCCAGGUAUAGCUGCUGAUCAAUCAAUAAGUGUUAGAAAUUGUAGUAAUAGAUAUAUUUCCAAUGACUGUCACAUUAAUCAUCAAAUGGGAACACAUAAUAGUGCCACUUGUUUACCUUAUCAUUCACACUCUGAUUUAGCAGAAUCAUCUGUUAUUUUACAUGGAUAUGGUGACAAUACAAUUUACUCGCCAGCAUUAUCACAAUGUUUUCCAACUAUUCAAUUACAGCACAAGAAUGAAAUUAUUAAUACUCAUCAUUCUACCCCAGCCUUACAUAAUAUUGGACAACCUGUUCCAAUACCUUUACCUUCAGGCGGAGGAGAAGAACUUCCCUUACCACCAGGUUGGUCCGUAGACUUAACAUUAAGAGGUCGUAAGUAUUAUAUUGAUCAUAAUACCAAAACUACACAUUGGUCACAUCCUUUAGAAAAAGAAGGUCUUCCUACUGGAUGGGAACGUAUUGAAAGUGAUGAGUAUGGAGUAUAUUUUGUUAAUCAUAUUUCUCGACAAGCACAAUAUGAGCAUCCAUGCGCUCCUCACUAUAUUUAUCAACCGGAGGUAAGAAUUCCAUUGCCACUGUUACCUCCCCCACCACCAAGAUCUACACAUUUUCAUUCUCAUAAUAUGCUCGUGCCUGCUAAUCCUUACCUAAAUCAAGAAAUCCCUGUAUGGCUCAAUGUUUAUUCUCAUGCAGCACAAACAUUAGAUCAUAAACUUAGAUGGGAAAUGUUUCGGCUACCAGAACUUGAUUGUUUCAAUGCCAUGUUGACACGUUUAUAUAAACAAGAAUUAGAAGAGAUUGUUAUGCGUUAUGAAGUUUACAGAUCUGCGUUAUUGUUUGAAAUGGAUAGAAGACAUAUGCAAUCUCAAUAUAUUGAUACAAAUGAAUAUAAUCGUUAUGGACCAGGAUUGCGUAUUAUUGAUGUAACUAAUGAUAAUUUACGUGAAGUUGCAUUAUCACAACAUACAGAAACUAAAGUUUAAUUAUUAAGUAUUCAAAUUUAAUUUUAAAUGAUAUUGAUCAAGUUAUUUUGCAUUGUUUUUGUAUACCAUUACUAUGGUUGAUUACUUAAUGAUAUUAUGAAUUAUAUUAAAGUAUCAUUAAGGUUUUACUACAAUACUGUGAUAGUUUAAUUAAUAUUUAAUUGUAAUUAUUACUAUUAUUACUAAAAUAGGAUAUGGUUGAAACAAAGCCAUUAUUUUUUAUAUUAUAAUUGAGGUAUAGGUUUUAUAGAGUACUUAUCAAUUUGUUGAAACAAGUGAUAUAUUUUAUAUUGUACUUACUUAAUUAUUGUAAAUCUAAAGAAAUUAAUGUAAUGGCAUAAACUAUUGUACGUUAAUGCACAUAUUUUUUACACCUAAAACCGUGUCAAGUAUAUAUAAUUUUUUUUUCAUUAUUUUACCAAAAUUUAUUGAUAUAGUUGUAACUAGACCAGACUAUAUUAUCUUAUUCUAAGUUUGUAACUGUUACAGUGCCUUAUAAUUAUCAAAUUUAUUAUUAUUUAUUAAUAGUUGGAAUAUACCAGGGGCAGCCUAACGGUUGAUCGCGGACAGUUUCAAAAUCGAUCAUGUUAGAAUUUAUUUUUAGGGCCACGCUCACCAAAAUUAAUCGAGGUUGUAGUAUUAUUAUAUUUUUUUUAGUAAUUAGUAAUUAGUUUAUAAUACUUGUCGUAUGUCUAUAUACACUUAUUGACAGUAUGUUUUUUAAUAAUUAUAGUUAUUCAAAAAUAAAAAAUUUUUCUAUGGAA